CAACACGUCCGCCAUGGUGCCUGUGUGUGUUUGGUGUGUUUGCGUCUGUAACGUGAAGUGCGUGCGCAGAAAGAGCAAACAAGUCAGCGGAUGUUAACAGGAUCAUGAGUGAAGUCAUCAAGCAUCAAGGUUCAGCCAACACAAAAGGUUGUACUCAUCAUGUCAGGCCAGGUCUUCACAUUGGAAAUGAUUACACCCUGAUUAGCUGUGAUUUACUCAUCCUGUGGGGUAUAAAAGGCUCUCCCUCACUGGCAGAAGGCACCAUUUGGUCAAAGAACCCCAGGAGUUAAGGUUGGUUUUGCUCAUCUGCAGCCAUGAAAUUCUCCCUGAUUGCCGCUCUUGUCGUUGUACUGGCUGUUGCCCAUGGCUCUGACGCCGGGUCUCUGGUGAAGCGUGACGUCCAGGCUGACGUUGAGAAGAUCAGCGAGGUCAUCAAUGAGAUGUCCGCCAGCCUGACCGCUGCCACCGAGGACAUGGUGGAGAAGGUGAAGGCUAUGGAGGUUACCAACACCGCUCAGACUUACGUGGACGACAGCAAGGCCAAGAUCCAGCCUCUGGUUGAGAAGUUCCAGGCCGAGGCCGCCAAGCUGCAGGAGCAGGUCAAGCCCUACAUCGCCAACUUCGAGGAGCAGAUGAAGCCCCUGACCGACAACUUCAACGCUCAGGUCAAGCCUCUGACUGACAACCUCCAGGCCCACGUCAAGCCUCUGACUGACAUGAUGGAGAAGUUCCUCCAGCAGAUCAUGGACCAGACCAAGGCCCUGAUGCCCCCCCAGUAAAUCCUGAUGAGGGUACCUUCCAGCUGAAUAGGGCUAACGUUCAACUCUGCCCUAAAUGCUUCACUGGUGCUUGACUGUCUUACUCCUCCGUCUCCAAGUUAUCUGAGAUGUAAUACUUGACUUCCAUCAUUAAAGGGGUUUGAAGUCAU